CAAAGGAGAAGCCUUUCCGAUGCAUCCAAUGCCCGGUUGCUUAUGCAAGAAGGGAUCUGCUUGUCAGGCAUGUUAAAUCGGCACAUAAAAAUCAAGAUCCAACACCCUCACCUUUCCGCGUUGUCAACUUCGAAGCCGCCUCCUUCGGUAAGAAGAAAGAAUGUCUUCCGAUGGCCAUGCAAUCCGGUCCUGUCAGUACAAGCUCGAAUUAUUGCAGCGAGCAACCCUCUACCGCUACUUUUCCGAAUGCCCCAAACGAGGCAAUGAUGCAUGAGCCUCCUCCAAUCGUCGAAGGGGGCAGCAAAAGCUCUCCCAUGACCAUGGACGCAGUCGAUGAUCCCUUUCUCGGUAUCGACAACCUAUUGCCACCCGACUUCGAUAUUGAUCAAUUCAUGGUCUUUUCGCAUGUUUCUCCCUCUACCGAGCCUCUAUUUUUGGCGAGACAAGACGAAAAUACACCUGUGUCCACCCCUCAUGUUCCAGACUCGCAGCUUUCGAGGUCGUCGAGAAGUUCGUCAGAUUCUCUUACGGGCGUGGAAGACGUAUCUGUGUCGAAAUCUACGGAACGAACGCUAUAUUGGAGCUUCAUCGAUGACGAGUGGCUAUCAUUCUGUGCAGAGAUCGAAAGCUCUCACGCGAUUGCAAGUUCUACGUGUCCAUCCCGUCAAAAUAUGUCCCGGUACAUGGCUGCAUAUUUCCGCAAUUUCCAUGAGCAUUUGCCUCUUUUACAUGCUCAUACUAUCAAUCUUAAAGAUACAGAAGCGCAUUUGAUCGUUGCAAUAGCGACAAUUGGCGCUCAAUAUUGCCUGGAAACCAAGGUUGUGGCCUCGCUUUUCGCCAUUGGGAAGACAAUUGUCCUGGAAAAAAUCGAGAUGCGCCGGAGAGCAGCAAUGCAACGCGCCACGUGCAACCAGCGCUCGGCGAGUCAUCAUCCAGCUGAGACUGACAGUCAAGACGAUUCAAUCCAAAUUUGUCAGACACUACUUCUGCUCAUGGUGGUUGCGACAUGGGGCAAUGUCGGAAGUACGCUCAGAGAGGACAUGAAUCUGCGAGGCAUCUUAACUACCUAUAUACGAGAAGAAAACCUUCUGAAAAUAAAGACGACGAAUGAUACUUCCUGGCGCGAAUGGGUCAAGGCAGAGUGUGCAAAGCGCACCAUUCUGAUCAUAUUUUGCUUUUUCAACUUUCACACAAUACUCUACAACACUCCUCCACCAAUACUAAACUCCGAGAUCCAUAUGACGCUGCCUUGUGACGAGGAAGAAUGGAAUCAUAGUACGGCCACGUCGUGGGAAGAAGAGCACCACAAAAAGGCCGGUUUGCAGCCGACUUUCGCCAUGGCGUUUAGGAGCCUCUUCCAUCUUAAUCAGACGACGCGUUCGGGACCGUGCUCUUCUCUGGGCGUCUAUGUUCUGAUAUCGGCUGUGAUACAACGUAUUUACUUUGUGCGCCAAAUGGGCAAAGCUCUUACUCGCGAACAAGAUGUUAUAGCACCUGUGGAGGCUAGCAAUCUGUACCAAGCGCUCAGUCGGUGGCAGCAGAUGUGGGAGAUGGACCCGCACAGGUCUACUGCACCGGGUAACCCUCAUGGUCCUUUGCCGUUCAACUCGACCGCCCAGUUUCGAAUGGCGUAUAUCCGUUUGAGUAUGGACAUUGGGUCAUCCUUUACGCUGGAGUCGCAUGACGCUGAUCAGGUGGCAAUCGAGAUGAUACACAGCCCCCCCAUUUCGCGCAACCAGCACAGUACUAAAGCCGCCCUGCACGCCGCUCACACACUGAGUACGCCAGUGAAGAUUGUGGUGAAGAUGGUAGCCCGAACACAAGGACUGACUUGGUCUCUUCAACACUCGCUGUCAUAUCUGGAGUCAGCGUUUCUCCUCAGCAAAUGGUUGGACAUGAUUGCCAUGGUGAUGCGCUCACCAAGUGCUGUACCGCUUGACGAAGAUGAGAAGCAAGUUCUGUCAUAUGUACAGGGUAUCCUGGACGAAGGUGAGGUGGAUGAUACCGCCGACCCAGAUGCCCAUCUCAGUGUCCGGCUGGUCAAUAUUUGGGCCCGUCUCCUUGGCCAGGAAAGCAUAUGGCCAAUAGUGGGCUUGAUUGGCAAGAUCUUGACCUCUUAUGCCAACUCUCUGGCUACUUGUUUCCGCCCAGCAUCUCUUGAACUGCUCUGA